AUGGGAAAAAAGGAAAUAUUGUUGCUGACAGCAAUACUCUCCGCUGUUCUACCUUUUAUAAGUGAGUAUAUUACUUUUGAAGCAAUAUUUCCCGGCUUAAUUUGCUAUCAUUUGUUUACCUUUACUCUAAGCUACCCAAAAGCUCAAAAUACCAGAAAACUUUUUAUCAAUUUGGCUCUAUGUUUCACAGACAUUGCUUUUACUGCUUUAUUAUUCCAAAGUAGCAUCACCCUAUUCAAAUUUUGUGUAUGGAUGACUGAAUUUAUCAUAAUUUUUAUCAUCAUUUCCCUCAGAAAAGUAAAAGAGGUUUAUAAAGCAUUGGCGGGAACAAAUCUCAGGUAUACGCUUUUCUUAAUUGCCAGCUAUAUUAGAUCGACAAGUCUUGCAUCAUUUAUAAGCUAUUAUUAUUGUACCGCUACAGACUGUGCUUCAGAUAAGCCAAUAGAUCUUAAUUGGCUGAUUUUAGCAUCAAUUAUUCUAUUAAGCACUAUAAAAGUUAUGCUAACUCCAUUAAUUUAUCUUUUAGACAACUUUUAUUGGACCAGAGAUUCCAAAAUUCUGACACUUAAAGAGUUUUUUUCUAGAUUUGAAAGUGGGAUUGGGGCCAUUUUGAUAGCUCUCGCAGCAGUGAUGCCUUAUCAAGGAAAAGCAAUAUCAGCCUUGUCUUUAAACCCAUUAUUUUCUACACAGUUUUCUUAUCCAAAACUGAUAGCCAAUGCGUACUAUUUUAUAUGGUAUGGUUUUGAAGCAGUUGAUUAUGGAGCUUACUUUAAAAAAGAUGCAAUUGCUGAGCCACAAAACUAA